AGCGGGCGGCCAUGUUGGAGCAGCGGAGGCGGCGCAGAGGUGCGUCCUGGGUCCCCGCGGCGGCGCCGGUGCCAAGCGCUGGUUUGCGGCUGCCCAGGCAGGUCUGCAGCACCUAAUGCCAUGAGCGUGGUGGUGCAGCAUGUGGAGGAGAAGGCUGUACACUCUUGGUCGCGGAUAUCCACAGCAGGGAAGAAGGCCCUGGAGGAGGCGCUGCUUGUCUUUAACCCCAUGAGCCAGGAUCUCAGUGCCACAGAAGCUCAGCUUGUGGCCUUUUUGCAGGGCCUACGGGAUGAUGGUUUUCAGCCUACCAUCCUGCGCAGUGGUGAUGUCUACGGCUAUAGUUCAUGCACAGCCAAACCCCCAAGCCAGACGAAGCUGCAGGCUCGUGCCCCUACCCCAGCCACUACAUCACUUCCAGCCAGUGCUCCCCGAACUGCUAUGCGGCUGCCUGCAGGCCGGGCCACGCUGCUUCCCAUGCCACUGUCUGGCAGGCUGGCCAAAGCUUCCACGCCAGCCCUUGCCAAGCAUGCUACUACCAACUUGCUACUGAGCUCACUAAAGCAGUCAAGUGCCAGCCGUGCCCGGGGUACGGCAAUGGGUUUCCCCGCCCACCUCUACCCAGGUGUCUACCCUGCCAUGCGGCUCUCCGUUGUCCUUGAGGCGCUGGUUCCACUCAAGACUCCCAUGCCCUGCUUGGGUACCAAGCACAAGACACAGUCCCUACAGCUGUCUCUUGCGGACUCUUCCCUGAAGCUAAGGAAAGGUUCAGCAAAGGGGCUGGGGAAUCCCCAGCCCAAAGUUCCAAGAAAAGCCACAAGCAAGGGUCCUAAGUGUCUGAUUCGCAGAGGCCCCAGGGCUGGACCCCAACAAGGCACUGGGCCUCAGAGAAAGACCUGUAAAACUACUGGGUCCCUUAGUGGCCCGCGAAUGAAAGGUGUCUCUGCCUUGAGCACCAAAACAGCCCAGGCCAAGGCAGCUAAAACACUAGCCAAAGUGGCCUGUGCACAGGCCAAGGUGGUUCGAACACAGGCCAAAGUGGCAAAGGCCCGGGAAAAAGCUAAGGCAGCUCGUGCCAGGGCCAAGGCCAAGGCAGCACGGAUCAAGGCCAAGGCCAAGGCUAAGGCAGUGCGGGCCAGGGCCAAGGCCAAAGCCAAGGCAGUGCGGGCCAAGGCCAAGGAAAUGAGGGCCAGGGCCAAGGCUAAGGCAAUGUGGGCCAAGGUGGCUCGGACCCAGCGCAGGGGCAGGGGCAGGCCGAAGGGGUCUGUUCAGGCCAGGACUGCAAGGCCAGGCCAGAAAAGCCACCCUGAAACUGUGGGGCAGAAGAGGAAAAGGGCUGAAGAGGCUGAAGAUCUUCCCCAGAAGAGAUCACGGCUUGGGCCCCGAUCCCCUAAGGCAUGUCUAGGUCCUGGAACAGCCAAUCUACUGAAAUUCCAGGCCAUCAAGGUGGACAGGCGGUUCUCAGACGAUGAGGUGCUGCUGCAGGCUCAACGUAUCCUCCGUGUGAACCUGUCCCCUGUAAUACGGCUACAGCCGUUGCUGCCAUACUCGGUACCCUGAU